CUUAGACAAAGGAACAAUGACUAACGUGAAGUUGAAGCUGAUGUUCUUCCUACUGAACUCACUCCUGGCCGCAGACAUAGUGCAGGCGCGGCCCUACCCUGAUGGAAACAACACAGACAUCAUCAUAAAAUUCUCCAACAACAAUAACACCUUUAACAUCCCUGUAGAUCCAGAUUCAGACACAUUAGUAGUAGCAACAGAUGAUGAGAACGCAGAAGCUGAGCACGCAGCUAAUAAGGAAGCAGCUGAUAACAUGGAAACCCUUGUCAACGGGGAGCAAGAUAGAGAUGAAACCAUGUCAGAAAUGAAAUACAAAGCAGCCGUAGAAAAAGAUUCCGCAGCAGUAGAGAAGCGUCGAAACAUAUCAAACCCGAGUCUGCACGAGAUGAUAAAUUCCGAGACUAAUCGCGAAGAUUCAAUUACCGAUCUGAUGUUCAGGCCAGAGUCGGAGUUUGUUGAGGAUCUGCCUCGUUUCGAGUUCUUAAUCGCUGCGAAGAUUAACGAGAGUGACGUGAACCGGACCGCUCAUGUGAAGGAUGAGAGGAACAGCAGUGAUGUGUUGAGGAAGGUGGACUAUGUCGAGCUGGUGGAGGUGGGCAGGCCGAUGGGAGGGGAGAACAAGAGCGCGUAUUUGGCCAACAUCACUGGACACGAGGUGGACAACGACCUGGCUCCUGAUACAAUCUUGUCCGUGUUCUCAGGGUUCACGGACGUGCAGACUCUGUUCCUGGCCUGCUUCGGGACGCUGCUGCCGCUGCUGGCCGUGCUCUUCGCCACGCUUCUCAUCAGGCUGUUAAAUAUAUACGAAUACUUGGCAAAGCUAUUGUUUAGAUACUGGAUAUUAUUCUUGUCUGUGUUCUCAGGGUUCACGGACGUGCAGACUCUGUUCCUGGCCUGCUUCGGGACGCUGCUGCCGCUGCUGGCCGUGCUCUUCGCCACGCUUCUCAUAAGGUGCCUAUGUCGCCGGUACUGCCCCUCGUUCUGCAAGAAGCCGCCUAGCUCCUCGGUCUCCGACAGCAGCGAGAAGCAGGAUGCCAACCAGCGUCGAAAGCAAUCGAUACAACGAUCAUGGGGCCCAGGGGACGAAAGCUCGCAACUCUUUAUAGACAGCUUUACGGCGCUGUCUGCGAAAGCUGACUAUCCAUAUAAAGUUCUAAGCAAGUAUAGCAGCUAG